AUGAGCUGAUCAUAACAGCACCGUCUAAUUUAAUAUGAGUAAAGGAAAUCAUGAAGUGUCAUGAAGUAAACUUACUGUCUAAUUCUGAGACUCCUUCAAACUGAUCAAGCAUCUUGACUGAUGUGAACCAGAAGUCAAAUGCAGAACGGAGAAUAAUGGCUGAAAUCAAAAGUGGAUGAAUCUCACAUGGACAAUCCAGUGAAGCAGCAAUUUUCUUUUAAUAACUCAUAAUUGCCACCUGAUUCAUCAUCUGCCCGCUUCACCAGCCCUAUUUAAACGGAGCUGCUGCUGGCCCCAGGUGCGAGAGGAAGCAUCACGGGCAAUGCUCAGGUUAUUGACCGCCAGGCUGAAUUCACCGGGUUUGUUUUCAGCAUGAAGAUCUUCCUGCUCGUUCUCCUGCUGUUCUCUGCUUUGUCAGAUAUUUUGUGCCAAAACCUCAGUCCUGAUGAGGAAAACUGGACGAGCGACAGGUAUCCAGACCAGAUAAAUGUGCUGGAGUCUGACCUACAGACGAUGUUAGAAAAGGUCAGCCGGGCACCUGGACUACAACAGGUUUUCAGUCUAAUGGGGAAAAGAUCAUCUGCAAAAUCACAGAUAACACGAAGACGGCAGAAGUUCCAGACUUUUGUGGGUUUAAUGGGAAAACGGAAUGCGGUUGAUCCAGGUUCGUUUCUCUUUUCUUUUUCCGCAUGCAUACAUCUCUCACGACGUUGUUAAAUGACAUUUUUUUCCUUUUAGGAUCCUGACGAGCGCUGCGUUGAAGCUUUUAACAUGAGCAGCAACUUUUGGUCCAAAACGUCAGGCUGAAUAAUGCUCUGUUCUGAAAUAAAUUAAUUAAUUGAGAAUAAAAACAAAGUAAUAUUUAUUUGGGAAAUUGCAUUUGGGCAUAUAUACA